GGUUGAAAUUAAAAAAAAUAAAAACAAUAAAAAGACAAACAGGUGAUUGGAGGGAAAGCCAUAGAACGAGAAGAUGGAGGGAAAUGGCACCGGAGGCGACAAGAUCGCCUGCGAAGGGACAUCGUCGGAUCGUCCUGUCAGAGUCUAUGCCGAUGGGAUCUACGAUCUGUUCCACUUCGGACACGCUCGCGCCAUCGAGCAAGCUAAGAAAUCGUUCCCGAACACAUAUCUGCUCGUAGGAUGCUGCAACGAUGAAACCACCCACAAAUUCAAGGGCAAAACCGUGAUGACAGAGUCCGAACGCUACGAAUCUCUCCGACAUUGCAAGUGGGUGGAUGAAGUCAUCCCUGAUGCACCAUGGGUGAUCAACAAAGAGUUUCUCGACAAGCAUCAGAUCGAUUACGUAGCUCAUGAUGCUCUUCCAUAUGCCGAUGCCAGUGGAUCUGGAAACGAUGUCUACGAAUUUGUUAGGUCGAUCGGGAAGUUCAAGGAAACGAAACGAACAGAGGGUAUAUCAACAUCAGACGUAAUUAUGAGGAUAGUGAAAGAUUAUAACCAGUACGUGUUGCGUAAUCUCGACAGAGGAUACUCAAGGAAAGAACUCGGUGUCAGCUAUGUCAAGGAGAAGAGGCUCAGAGUCAACAUGAGAUUGAAGAAGCUGCAAGAGAAAGUGAAAGAGCAACAGGAAAAGAUCCAAACGGUGGCAAAAACUGCUGAAAUGCACCGCAACGAGUGGGUUGAAAACGCUGACCGUUGGGUUGCUGGAUUUCUCGAAAUGUUCGAAGAAGGUUGCCAUAAAAUGGGAACAGCCAUCAGAGAUCGGAUCCAGGAACGGCUAAAGAUGCAACCCUCGAAGAAGGACCUGAACCUAUUGCAAGAUGAACAGAAAAGUAGUGACGACAAAGAUGAAGAAGAGGAUUAAGAUGGUGAGUUCACCGAAGGCAAAGAAGAGUAAGAGUAUUACGAACACAAAAUAAGUGUUAAUGUCAACAAGGAAGAGAUUGAGAAAGCAAAGAAAUAAAAGUUUUCUUUUGUAUACC